UCCUGUGACCAUCCCCCUCCCUCGGCCCCAGGCAGCCCCUCCUCUCCUGGGGACGCAGCGCGCGCUCAUGCCUGUGGGGGGCAGCAGAGGGCAGCUGCGCAGGUACAGGCUGGGGUGCGCGUCUCCGUCUGUCUCCUCUGACCCACUCUGCUGCCUCUCCGCCCGCGGAGUUUUCCGCUCGGGGGGGGGGGGGGGCCCACUCGGCUUCCUCCCCAACCCCCACCCUUCCCUCCCUUUGUCUUCCCGCACCCUCCCCUUCCUCUGGCCUCAGUCUCCCUAGGGCCAGAGGCCACUGGCAGGGGAGGAAGCGCUGGCUUUGGGCCUGGAGGAGGCACGGUCUGGGCGGACGGGAAUGCAGGGCCUGGCCUCACCCCACGCCCUCUCGUGCCUGGCUCCCCGUGGGCCUGCUCCGCCUGGCUGCAUACCGCUCGUUCCACAGCCCCAGCCAGUGGGGCACAGGAGGGGGGUGGCCCAGUCACGUCCACUGGGUGGACAGAGCCCCAGCGCCACUCACCAGAAUCAGGCCAGAGCUGUCCCAGCUUUGGCCUUGGUGCAGGCACUGAGAGCCCCGGCUGGGACAGGUGCGCAGCCUGGCUGGAGCUGGGCACCGGCGGUUCCUGAUCCAUCAUAAUUACCCGCAGAGCCGGUGACAGUUCCUAGUAACGAUUGGUUAGAUUAGUCACAGGGUCAUGCUCCGGGCCUGUGAUCUCCCGGCUUGGGGCCACUUGGCAGUGGGAUCAAGUGCAACGCCGAGUGUCAAAGGUCAGAGCAGUGAGGGGAAACUCAGGUUCAAGAAGUUGGGAGGAGAGUGACUCCCGGUGGCCUCGCCCCAGCCCUGUGGCACGGCGCUGGGGUGGCCCCUGGGCUCGGAGGGCCCAGUCCAGCGGCUUUGCCCUAGGGUCCCCGUUUGUGUUCGGCCGUCUGCAGAAGUGGAAACAGCCCGGGGCUCACGGUCAGGCCCGAGUCACUGCUCAGCGACAGAGCCCACUGGGGCCCGGGUCCAUGGGCCAGCAGAGUCGCUGCUCUCUGCCCAACCGCCUUCCCUGGCCGCUCCAGUGUCCUCCCCGUGGGCAGUGGCUCUGCUCCCUGGGAGCUCACAGCGCCUGCUGGUCUCCAUGCCGCCUCGGGUCUCCACGUCCACCUUUUCUCUCCUUGCUCCGGCCCCCACGUGGAGCUGAGUCAGACGCGGUCGCUUCCCCUCGGCUCCCAGAGCCUCCCGUGGGGGCCCCUCCUCGGUCGUAUCCCGUAUCCGUUCGUUCGUCACUCCUGGCUGCCGCGGGCUUGCCUCACUCCUCACUCCUCGGAGCUGCCAGGAAGCAGAGGCCGGAGCGGGGCAGGGCCACCGAAACCUGGGUCGGACCUGCGGCCCAGGAGGAGGCGGCGGCAGAGGCUGCAGCUGGACUCCGACCCUCCCCUCCCUUUCCAGCCUGCCUCACCCCCCAGCUCUGAACAGACAGCCCGGUUCUCUGGGGCCCUAGCCCCCCGGGGCCCUGCGUGUGCCAUGUCGGUGGCGGUGGAGACAUUCGGCUUCUUCAUGGCAGCCCUGGGGCUGCUGAUGCUCGGGGUGACCCUGCCCAACAGCUACUGGCGAGUGUCCACCGUCCAUGGCAACGUCAUCACUACCAACACCAUCUACGAGAACCUCUGGUACAGCUGCGCCACCGACUCCCUGGGAGUCUCCAACUGCUGGGAGUUCCCGUCCAUGCUGGCCCUGUCUGGGUAUGUCCAGGCCUGCCGCGCCCUCAUGAUCACCGCCAUCCUCCUGGGCUUCCUGGGCCUCUUCCUGGGCAUGCUGGGGCUGCGCUGCACCAGCGUCGGGGGCACAGAGCCCUCCAGGAAAGCCAAGCUGGCGGCCACGGCAGGCGCCCUGCACAUGCUGGCUGGGCUCUGCGGCAUGGUGGCCAUUUCCUGGUACGCGGCCAACAUCACCCAGGACUUCUUCAACCCCUUGUAUGCCGGGACCAAGUACGAGCUGGGCCCUGCCCUCUACCUGGGCUGGAGCGCCUCCCUGCUGUCCAUCCUGGGCGGCAUCUGCCUCUGCUCCAACUGCUGCUGCGGGCCUAGAGAGGACCCCACCACCAGGGUCCAGCUGCCCUACAAGGCGUCCACCGCCGUGAUGCCCCCCGCUGCCUCGGAUGAAGGCGACAGCAGCUUUGGCAAAUAUGGCAAAAAUGCUUACGUGUAGGAGCGCCAGCCUGCACACCCGUUCCCCUCCCCUAGCAGAGAGGGGCCCCCAGCACCCAGGGCUCCUGGCUGGGACCCAUCCUCCCUGUAACCCAACUCAGUGCCCGGAAGCCAUGCCCCAGUCCCUGCCUCCCCAGCCAGAGCCCCGCCCCAGCCACGCCUCCCGACCUGGAGCUCCACCCAGGCCAAGGACCGCUGCUCCCAAGGGGAGAGACGUAUCCCCAAAUGCUGAUGGAUUGUGUAAAUUCCUGCAUAAAUAAAUGUAUACUGUGACUGCUGGGGGCUGAGUGGACUCCACACUGUCCUCUGCCAA